GCUAUUACAGUCUAACAACAGUGACCAAUAGAAAGAGAAGAAGAUCCAAGAAAGCUGAGGCAAACAAUGAUUCUAAAAGUCUAUGCAAGCCUUUUGCUCUUAUUCUUGGUCAAUUCUGUGUGGACUCGAACUGUGAGACAAGUUUAUGAUGAGCUGGAUCCUGAGCAUUGGUCUCACUACACUUUUGAGUGUCCACGAGAGUGCUUUUGUCCUCCUAGUUUCCCCAAUGCAUUAUACUGUGAUAACAAAGGACUUAAAGAAAUACCUGCAAUCCCAGCAAGAAUUUGGUACCUCUAUCUUCAAAACAAUCUAAUUGAAACAGUUUCGGAGAAGCCUUUUGUGAAUGCCACUCACCUGAGAUGGAUAAAUUUGAACAAGAAUAAGAUCACUAACAGUGGAAUUGAGAGUGGUGUGCUGAGCAAGCUGAAAAGGCUGCUUUACUUAUUCCUUGAAGAUAAUGAAUUGGAAGAGGUGCCUGCCCCAUUACCAAUGGGUCUGGAACAACUAAGACUGGCUAGAAACAAAAUCUCCAGAAUCCCAGAAGGUGUCUUCAACAACUUGGAAAACCUUACUAUGUUAGAUCUGCACCAGAACAGUUUGUUGGACAGCGCUCUUCAAAGUGACACCUUCCAAGGACUCAACAAUCUUAUGCAACUCAACAUAGCAAAAAAUUCACUCAAGAAAAUGCCUUUAAGUAUUCCAGCUAACACAUUGCAGCUGUUUUUGGAUAACAACUCCAUUGAAGUGAUACCAGAAAACUACUUCAGUGCAAUACCCAAAGUGACUUUCCUUAGGCUGAACUACAAUAAAUUAUCUGAUGAUGGUAUUCCCCCAAAUGGGUUUAAUGUUUCAUCUAUUCUAGAUCUACAGUUGUCUCACAACCAGCUCACUAAAAUUCCACCAAUCAAUGCUCAUCUCGAGCACCUUCACCUUGAUCACAACAAAAUCAAAAGUGUCAAUGGUACUCAAAUAUGCCCAGUCUCAAUUGCUGUAGCAGAAGAUUAUGGUUUUUAUGGCAACAUUCCUCGCCUUCGCUACCUUCGCCUGGAUGGAAAUGAAAUUCAGCCUCCAAUUCCAUUGGACGUUAUGAUAUGUUUCCGACUACUUCAAGCUGUUGUAAUAUAAAGAUAUUGCA